AUGGAAAACAACCACCAGGCAGAAUCUCAGACUGGAGUUUUUGGACUCAACUUCAAUAAACUUCAAGAAGUUGUGUCAAAACUUUCAAUUCGCGAUCGAACAACGCAUUCAGCGUUGUUUGAAAACGUGCUCAGCUCCAGCGAAUGCUUGAGCCACUUCCAAUCGCUUUGCUGCAGAAGGAAUGAGGAAAAAGUCCAGAAGAAGCUUGUAGAGCAAUUGGCUCAAAAAGUGAAAGAUGAAGAUCUGGAAAUCGAUUCAAAAGUAGAAGACAUCGAAACUAUGAAAGAGCUAGUUUGUGCUCAAAUUUCCGUCCCUCCAGGAGCGGAAUCGGGGACUGUUUUGAUGAAAUUGAUCGAUUCAAAAAAGAAAACAGUGGAAAUUAUUCAAACGUUUAAUGAAGAUCUGGAAACAAUGAAAAAUAAUCGAGAUGAAACAUCUCAAAAUCUUUCGAAGGAAGAGAUGCGUUUGAUCGAGAUUGGAAGAGAGGUGGCUGCUGCUCAGCAGCUUUACGAAGAAUCUUUCCAACUGUUUCUGAUUUUAUGUAAGAAACAGGAAACGUUGUUCCAUGCGAAGGCAUACAACGACGAGACAGCGAGGACAGCGCUCGAAUCGUGCUGCUUCCAGGCAACGGAGCGACGAGGAGCAUUGCUUGCGAAGUCAAGUGUCUCCAACAUUCUACCUGCAGAGAUUCAAGCAACUCAACCUGUUGGCAACGGUUCUCUGACUUCAGGCAACGGCUCUCUGACUCUUCCAGAAUCCGAAGAAGGAUCGUCGCUUCCAGCUGUCAACGGGUCUGGAAAUCAGCUGAAUGUCUCUGAUUCUGUCUCUGAUUCUGGAGAAGCUCCUGUCAGUGCAUGGAACAUGGAAUCAGCUCGGAAUGAUGGAAUUCUUGGAGAACCUUCACAUGCUCCAUCUUGUCCACUUCCAACUUCCGUCACUGACUCCUCAGAUUUGUCCAAUGCCCUCGAACCAGUUGCUGCACAUCAGAACUCCGAACGUGGGCGCGUCUCGAAGAGCAAAAAAGCAACCGACGACGCAUCUGGUGCUGAAAAUGUUCAGGAGCCUGAUGGUUCAUCAAAACCAAAGAAACCUCGUGCUCAAUCCAGAAAAAGAAGAUUCUGA